UGAAACUUUGAAAGAAGUCUCUCUCUCAAAUCCCAACGGUCUACUCUCUCUGUCUCUCGUCUGGAUUCUUGCAUCUCCGUUUCAAAUCAGAAUCGGAACUGAGAGUUCGUGAUGGGUAUGAAAACGGGUUGCCGAGAUUUGUCGGAUCGGGAGAAGUGGGACAAAAUCUUCCAGGGUUUGGCCAAGAUUCUUAGGACCAAACAGGAUCAGCUUGAAUCCCUCGUCAAGGACAGGAAGAUUCUGGUUGACAGAAUCAAAACUCAGAAUGAUCGCUGGGUCUCUGAUGUUCGGCUCUACGAGGAUCAUAUCUCUAUGAUGAAAGAUGAAAUUGAAACGAUGGAGAUGAUGCGUUUGGUGGAAGUGGCCAAAUCGAAUAUGUUGGUUGGAUUGAAGGAUAGAGAUGUUUCUCUCUGCAAAGUGAAAUUAGAACAUACCAUGGAUGAGUUGGAUGAUUUCAAGGCAUGGUUUCACUUCCUCACUCUGAAUUCAACAAAUAAAGAUUUCGGUUCCAAAGCUGCAGGAAGUAAGUCCUUGGAAACCGAAAUGAGGAAACUGAGACUUGAAUACAUGAAGCUUGCUUCUGAAAAGAACUGUGAGGUAUCUUCGCUUAUACGAGAAAAUGGUUUCGUCUGGAAUCAAUUCAAAUGCAUAGAAAGCGAUUUUGUUGAUAAAUUGAAGGGCAAGGAUGAUGAAAUCGCACGAGCAAGCAUGAAAAUUUCGAGUCUUAUCUCCCAUCAAGAGGAGCUGCAACUAUCGCUUGAUGAAAAGGAUGGUAUCAUCUCGGGAUUGAAGGGUAAGGUGGCUGCAAUGGAGGAGGAUGCAAGUAGGAAAGAAGAGGAAAUUUCAAGGCUAUCACAAGAGCUAGAGUUGGCACAGAAAUCUCGUAGUUCUAAGAUUACACCGGUUUUAACCCGAUGCACGACUCGUACAAACAGCAUCAAUGGCAAGACGGAAAAAUCCAAUGCAGCCGCCAAGAAAGAUCUGCCUGCUGGAACUGUUCCAGCUUUAGUAAAACAGAGUGAACAGGGAGGCAAGAGCGUGAAGAGGAAAAUCCCGAGUUUAGAAACACCGAAGCUGUUCUCGUCCACAUUUAAAGUUCCCAAGUUGAAGGCUCCAUCUCCGUCUCCUCGAGCAAUGCAGCACUCUUGAAUGGAUAAAAUCCCCAUUGAUGCACAUAUUAGGAGCUUAUGGCUUAAGUUAAUCAUCUGCAUUUCAUGUAUGUAUUCUAAUCUAAUCUGUUUCUAGGAUUAUCAUCCCUUGAUUUACACAAUGGUGACCAGACUAGCCAAUUAAGGUAUAUAGUUAGGUGUUUCU